GUUCACUAGCCUGUGUGACUUUCUAUCAUGUCUGUUCACAUUGCCGUGACAACGAUAUUAACCCUCCUCAUCGUUGUGGACAUCAUCGGUAACUCUCUUGUUUGUAUCAUCAUAACAAGGAAUUCUGAAAUGAGGACUCCCAUGAAUUACCUCCUUGCAAACCUCGCGAUUUCAGACAUCAUGUUCGCUAGUUUUCAAGCUCCAAAUCAUAUCCUGAAAAGAGCCUUUACCCACCCGAAAGGAACUGUUGGCUCAACGUUAUGUAAAGUGCUCACUUAUGGAAAUGUAGCAUGGAUAGGAGCGGUGGCUUCGGCUGUAACUCUGGUUGCUAUAGCAGUUGAACGUUACUUUGCAGUGGCGUGUCCCAUUGGUACCCAAAGAAAACUUACCAAACAGAAAGUGAAGGUAAUCAUUUUUGGAUGUUGGAUCUUUGCGGUGACUUUAAACUCGCCAUUGAUUUCGGUGACGAUAUUCGACGAAACAACCGGCGACUGCAAGUGGGAUUGGCCUGAGCAGUGGAUGGGUGCAGCAAAUGAGACCACGUGGCUUGUACUGUUGGCCUGUAUUCCUUUAACAAUAAUGACAGGGUUAUACUCAAGGGUUAUGUAUAAAUUGUGGUUUCAGCGAAAUGAGGAAAAUAGAUCAGCGUGUCGACAAAAGGGAGUACUGAAGGUGAGGAAACGAGCCACCUUGAGUGUGAUCACAGUCAGUGCCAUCUUUGGAAUCUGUUGGAUCACUGGCUUAUUGAUUUACGUUUUGAGUUACUACGACAUCUUCAUGUUUGGCUCGGCUUCGUACGUCAUUGCUGACACCUUGUUUAUGUUCAAUUCUGCUGUCAACCCGUUUGUUUACUCGCUGCUCAAUCAACGUUUCAGACAGAAGCUGAAGGGAAUGAUGUGUUGCUUAUCCUUUCCUGCCAACGAGGAUCUCACCCUAAGCGAACCUGGUGAAGCUGCACUUCCUAAAAACUCUCCGCACGCGACUAAUUCUUCAGGAGCAUGCACAAGUUCAACACUAUCGAUAACCAAAUCCGAAAAACGGUUCAUCAGUAAUUUGACUCAACUGUGAGAAUAAAUUAAAGAGCGGAAAUUUUCUGGACUCGAACAAUUUUCUUGGAGUUUUUACAAAUAUUUAGAUAUGGGAAAAGAAAAUCCAGUAAAAGAAAAAAACAUUUUAUCUACCACUUGCUUACACUCCAGCGAGUUUAGGAUCGAAAGGAAUGGUUACCUCAAUGCUGUAUAGAUAAAAAAAAAAAAAGCACUGCUGUUGUUAACGCGGAAAAUUUUAUUUUUUUUUAGCAUUCUCAGUUAGCUUGCUAGGGGUUUAUUUUAGUCAGUAAGGAAGUAGCCCAUGGACACCUGACUAACUGAUUAAGGAUUUGACUUAACUAAAAAACUUGCAAUAUAUAUGAGAAAUUGGACGCCCGAAUGUCCAUCAAUACAAAAAGCAUUUUAGCGUCCACUAGUUUAAACGCUUAAUUCACUAAAUGGGCAGAAUCGGCCAUCAUAGUACCAUGUAAAUAAAACAUACUGUCGUCGUA